UCGAUUGGAUGACAUGUAAGUUUAACCAAUGUAAUGACUCCAAUUAGGGUCUGGGUGGAGGCGGGGAGUGGGCUGUCCUGGCGCUAGAGGGAGGAGAAGGCCGAGUGCGCAUGUGUGGGCGCGCGGGAGGGAGGGGAGACACCGAGGACAUCCAGGCGAGGGAAAAUCAAAGGGCGAAGAGCAGAGGCCGCGGGCACACGAGCCAGGCCAAGACCGCAGUGGCUCCCGCGCGCCCCUCCCCGCCACCACACCUCACAACCAUCACUCAUUACGUCAACUUGAGAAACCUCCGCAAUAUUACCGAUACCGGCCUAACUACCCGGUACAUGAUAGUCACAUGUGGAAAUUUUGACCUCGUAUAUACGGUCAUGAAGCACUGAUGAGGAGAUAAGUGACAGUACCUCGCGGACAUCAUAAUAACCCACUCGUCAGCUGAUAACGUGUAGGCCUACAGCCACCAUUACCACUGAACAACACCAUCUCCACAAAUAUUAAGAUGGCGACACCGGAAGCCAACGUGACGGGUGUGCGGGGGUCGGGAGACGUGAGCCCUGGCCACGCACCUCCUCCCAGACACCUCCACAACUUCAAUACCUUCCAGUUCGUGUCUCAGCUGGUGUCGGCCACGCCCCCCUACCUGUUCAACAUGUCAGCACCUUUCCCCGGCAACUUCUUCAGCGACCUGCUGCGUCGCAUGGCCCCUCGUGCUGGCACUCCGGGGCUGCCCCCUGACCAGACCUUACAACAGCACAUCAGGGCCGCUCUACUGGCCAAGAGCACUCCCCCGCCCCCACCCUCACUGCCACCCACAGUAAUGCCGCCCCCUCUGGACCUGGCGGCCGCCACCCAUCGCAACCAGGCGCCCCCACAACUGCACCACGACAAGGGCAUCAAACGCUCCCUCUUCUCCGAUGUGUCGGCGCUCAGCUCCAGCGAGGACGAAGUGGGCGCCAAGAGGCCCCGCUUGGAGAGUGAAGGACGCGAGGCUGACAAACACCCCUCAGAGGGCCUGCCAGCCCCCUUCCUCAUGCAGGCACCUUUCCUGCCCACCUCUGUGCCCCCUCCACACGACGUACUCAGCCCAUGGUCCACUCGGGCGUCGCUCCUCCGCCCACAAGUGCCCAUGGCUGCCCAUGUACCGCCCACACCCCUGGACCCCUACCGUCUGUUGCUGGACUUGCGACUGGCCGGGCAGCUGCGCACUAUGGCGGCCACACAGGCGUUGCACAAUAAAGACACAGCUAUAGGUGGAGGAGGCGGGGGAGGGCUGGGGUUUCACCCCCCCAUAACCUCCUCUCACUCACCCAUCACCACCAUCAAGUCUUUCUCCUCCCGCAACUCACCGCCACUACUAGAGUCCCGCCCCCCACGGGACGACCCGCCUCCCGUGUCAGCCCCGACUAGUAUGGGAGUCCUACAUGGCGGCGAUGACCGAGUGUCAGCAUUUCACCCACCCUCACGCCCACACCCAGACCCCGCCGAUACCAGCGACGAGGACACAGGUGAACGACGCAGCUGUAGUAGGAGCAGCAGCGGCAGCGCCAGCAGCAGCGCCAGGGAGGGGCUUGGCCCUCAGUACAUCUUCAAGCACCUCACCCAGAUAUACCGCACCAUCGACGGUCAUAAAGUAGAGGGUAGCGACGGUGUGGAGGACCUCCGCCAUGAUGACGGGCGUAAGGAGGCGCCCCCAGGCUCUCCUGACGGCAGCAGGGGUGGCAGCAGGGGUGAGUGUCGCGGGGAGGGUCAGCCCCUGCACGACCCCCGGCCAGAUGUGGGUCGUGACGACGGCCGCACCAAGGAGGGUUGAUGGUCGUCCAGGUGACCCAGCACUGUGGCCCCCCACACCCACCUGGGGGGGUCACACACCCUCCUCAACACCCACCGGUGUAUAAUACAUAAUGUUGCCAAAAGAAAACCGGAGCCAAAGCUCGCCUUUUAUGAUACAACCUCACUUUCUCACCUUCUAUGUGAUACUCUUGUUUGUGAUGAUUUGCGCUUCUGUUAUGUUCAGUUACUCCUGCCGGCGUCUUGUGACGUCUCUGACGCAACGCUCCCCUUUUGAACAAUCUCGCUAGUCAUUCAGUGUUCAAUGUAUAGUUCACUAAGACAACUAAAUGUCCAGUUUUAUUGUUUUUAUCUAUUCUUUGACAAUUCUUUAGAUGCCAAAGGUAGUGUAGUUGUAUAGAGAUCUUUGUGUAUAUGGAUUCUGUCUCCUUCCAUGAGCGGGAGGUUCUCAGCUCACGGCCCAGCCACCACCACGCACUACAUACACACCCUCACCACCAGGGUUGGCCGGCUAUGCCACAUCCUGCACACAGGAAACUUGGGUGAACACAGUUUACCCAAGUCCUGGCAGGAUGCACGCUUAAAUCUCUUACAACCUAACCUAGCCUAGCCUAGAGGAACUUAAUCUAGCCUAACCUAAUCUCGCUUAACCUAACCUAUUUAGCUAAACCAAACUUAGCUUAACCUCAUCUAACCUAACUUAACCUAACCUAACGGAGGUCGUAUAUCACCUAAGUUAUAUUGGUUUAAUCUUUAUAUUAGGUUAGGCUGGGUUUAUGUGACGCUGCGUCCUGGCCAGGCGUGGUGAUGAGGGCGUGUGUAGCGCCUUCUGCUGUACUGGGACUGGUUCCUACCCUACACUAGGCCCGGUCCUCAGCCUCACACGUACACUCCACCUGGUUCCUAUUAUCCUCUGGGGAAAUCAACAAAGCCUCGUCCUAGUGAACCGGUGUUUGAGUCCUCGACCCAAGUGAGCUGAAGUACCGAGGUGUUGAGGUCCCUCUGAUAAAGUAUACAAGGUAAUGUUUCUCCGGCUGUCUGGCAAGGUUAUAUUAAUGUAAAAAGUGGACUUGUAAUUUUUCAAAACACGGGAUAUGUGUGUAACAAUGAACAGACCGACCGCCUGAACGGUUAGUAAGCGAACUAGUACAGUAAAUGGUUAUGUUUCUUGGACUGUCUGGCACUGAAGCUAAUGUAAAAUUUAGACGACUAAGUCUUUAAAGUAUAGAAGCUAUUAAUAUUUUAUGGACCAUAUAGCAAUAAUAUUUAUGCAAAAUUUUGAUCUAUAAUCUGAUUGGCAAUGACAUAAUAUUUAGCAUCAUGUUGUUCCCCUUUAUUGUGAUGCAAUAUUUACAACAGCAACAUGAUGGUUCAGUGUCCGAGUCCUCGUUUCUCGGCUGGUGUUCGAAUCAUUAUUUCAUGACUACAAACAACGGGUGUUUACCAUAGUCCACAAGUAACAGCUGUAUCCAGAUAUGCAUUAUGCCUGUGGCUGGUCAAUAUGCUGCAUUUUUGUCUGACAUAAUAGGAAAGGAGCGUUAUCUUCUCCAAACCAGGAGACGUUAAUUUGUAUACUUACUUUGUACAGGUAUUCUUAAGAUCAGUCCUGGAAAGCGGUCGCCAAAGCGUAAUACGCCAAAGUUUAUUUUAAUUUACCAGCUUAACGUCUACGUAAAGACAAUCAGUGUCUUGCAAUCAUCAGUUCUCACAGGCUUCCAAAUGUUUCAAGAAUUUUCACUUCAGUAAACACGAGAACGAAGUUGCUGUUCGAAGCCUAGUCGAGAUAUUUACACAAGUAGUGCCAAAACUACAAAAGAACAUAUGCGUAUUCAAUUACACCAAAAAAUUACCUCAAGAAACUGUAAAAUGAGAUUCAAGACUUAGUAUCACAGUAAGUUGUUUAGAUCAAUACUCACAACAUGGCAAAAAUGUCCACGUGAGUUGAGGGAAGACUGUACCGCUGACACAUCACGCACUGGGCGGCCACCAACUGCCUCAUGAUAAAUAAUACCGGUGAAUGAGGGUGUGGGUGAGGUCAGGGGACUGUAGGUGGCAGGAUUCGUCUCUGGCGCCCACCUGCUCCCCUGCACCUGGCUCACAAUCCUGAUACACCUUACCUUUACACGGGUUGUUACAUUUAAGGGAAAGCGAAAUAUCCCUCAUAUUCGAAUAGCAACUUGGUCUCGUGAAUAAUUCUUCAGUAUGUAUAUAGCCUUUACCUUCUCCAUGUCUCUAUAAUGGCCCACAAGUGUGUCCGCUUAUUGAGGGUCGGGUGACGCCGGGAACCACAGCGUCACUCACGGUCACACUGAACCCCCGCACAUCUACUGGAGGACUGUCUGAGAUGGUGCUAAACUACCUCCACGUGUUAUUAAUACAACCUUCGCGCUCGUUAACUAAACUGCAAAAGAGAACAGUGAUGAUCUUGAUAACUUAAACAAAUUAUCAAAGAUGCGAACGUGUGGACAGUCUCAUUUUGUACAGGUUUUGUCGGGACUACUAUACUGACCGGGGCAGGCAAAGACUCGACUCCGACUCUCGCCCACGUUGAGCCACACUACAAAUGGCACAUAUAAUAUCACCUCUCCUUAAUAAGAUGCAUCAUAAUAUUGUAGUUACUGGUUAUCCUGCAGUAGUUUUCCCCUUUAAUGGCAGGUAUACGUUUCUUACAUAAAAGUUUAAAAUAAUUAUAAAAGCUG